UUUUCAUAAGCUCCACACCCCAAACAGGCCCUUAUGACCAAAACCCUACAUAAACCUUUUUCCCGCUCUCUGGUUUCUCGCUUCUUCUUUCUCCCUAUCUCUGAAAAUGUCCGAGAAUCCAUUGCAGGCACUCUUCCAAACUUUCGCAAAACUCUCAAACUCAGUUCAGACCCACCUCUCUAAUCUCAUACCCCAACCUCCUCACCCCACACCCAAAACCCCCUCAAUCUCCAUCUCUUCCUCCUCCAAAGUUUCCCCAUCACAGAAUGACCCCACCCAUCUCCAACCCCAAGAUCUCAUCAACAACAAGGGAAAAUCGGCUGGUCCUGUGACGAAAGAAGGGCUCGGACGAGCCACUUGGACUUUUCUUCACACUCUUGCUGCUCAGUAUCCGGAUAAUCCAACGAGGCAACAGAAGAAGGAUGUAAAAGAAUUGAUGUCAAUACUAUCACGAAUGUACCCCUGCAAGGAAUGUGCAGAUCAUUUUCAAGAAAUUCUGAGAUCAAAUCCUGUACAGGCUGGAUCUCAUGCUGAAUUCUCCCAAUGGAUAUGUCAUGUGCAUAAUACUGUCAACAGAAGCCUUAACAAAGUGGUUUUCCCCUGUGAACGAGUUGAUGCAAGGUGGGGCAAGUUAGAGUGCGAACAGCGUGCUUGCGAUGUACUAGGAAGUACCACAAGUUUUUGGAAAUAACUACUUUCUGCACUAGAAUUGGAUGGUUAGAUUUGAUAGUAUAAUGGUAAACAUAAUCGUGUGUAAUCAACUCUUAUAAGAUAUGAGUUAUAUAUAAAAUUCAAUGAUUGAAUUCUAAGAAA